CUUGUCAAUCUUUGCCGCAUAUGUUUUGUCAAAGAAGCAGGCCAGUGUGUAAUCGAAGGAAAUAUUGACAUUUACUUUUUGUAUAUUUUGAUUCCAACAAUGAUUUUAAAUGUUUCUGUCAAUGUGUGUUUUUAAAUUAAAUUAUUUAAAUAAAUUAACAUAGUAAUAAUUAAGAAUAUUUUAUAAAAAUAAUAAUUAUAAAAGAUGGAAUUUUUUGAUAUGAUACCCGUCCCUAAAGUCGGUUGCGUAGUACUGACAGAGAAAAAAAAUGAAAAGCAAUCAAGACUUGAGGGAACACUUUGUCUUAGUGAUCACCACCUUCUGCUGUCAUUCAGAGAGGAGUUUCGCAAAGACCUUUGGUUACUGUACCGUAAUAUUGACGUUAUUGAAAAAAAAACUAAUAAUCAAAUCCCUGGUGGCAGUAUUGUGUUGAAGUGUAAAGAUUUUAGAAUUUUACAACUUGAUUUUAUUUCUACCGAUGAUUUAUUAAAUAUCGCAACAUCUUUAGAAAAACUUUCAUCACUUGAUCAAACAUUACAAUAUCCAUUUUUUUUUCGCCCACAAACGCUAAAUCUCGAUAAAAACCAAAGUGAAAAUGGUUGGACUGCAUUUACUCCAGUAUCAGAAUGGUCUCGAUUACUGGCAUCUCAUGGAGAUGAAUGGAGAAUAAGUUAUCUUAAUCGUGACUACAAAGUAUGUAACUCAUAUCCAUCGACAAUGGUAGUACCUAGAUUAAUUGACGAUCAAAUGAUAAUAUCAUCAGCAGCAUUUAGAGAAGGAGGAAGAUUUCCAGUGUUGUGUUACAGACAUGAGGGAGGAAGUAUUCUAUUUAGAAGUGGCCAACCAUUGUGUGGGGCUACAGGAAAGAGAUGUAAAGAAGAUGAGAGGCUGUUGAAUGUUGUCCUGGGUGCUGGAAGACGCGGAUAUAUAAUUGACACACGAUCCUCUAAUCAAGCGCAAAGUGCUCGAGCAAGAGGUGGAGGAACAGAAAUAGACUCUGCUUACCCACAAUGGCGAAAAGUUUUCAAAAGUGUUCCCCGUCUUUCAGAUUUGGCUGAAAGUCUUAGCAAAUUAAUAGAGGCUUGUAAUGAUAUUUCAUGCUCUACUAGUCAAUGGCUGUCUAGAUUAGAAAGUAGUGGAUGGUUAUCAACUGUUCAGAGUGCUAUGAAUGCUGCCUGCGUUGCCGCGCAGUGCCUUCAUCAAGAGCUAGCAGCUGUGCUAGUCCACGGAGGCGCUGGUCGUGAUUCGACUCUUGUUAUUACAAGUAUAGCACAAAUUAUUUUAAAUCCUGAUUGUAGAACUAUAAGAGGCUUUGAAGCUCUUAUAGAACGCGAGUGGCUUCAAGCAGGACAUCCUUUUUAUACAAGAAUACGACAUGGAGCGUAUUAUCCAACAAAUUCACAACAUUCACCUCAUGCUCCAACUUUCCUUCUCUUUCUUGACUGUCUUUAUCAAUUGCACUAUCAAUUUCAAUUUAGUUUUGAGUAUACGACUGAUAUGCUUAUUGAACUUUUCAAGCAUGCUUACUUUUCUGGAUAUGGAACAUUUUUAGGCGAUUGUGAAUCAGAUAGAGUAAGUUUACGCUUGGCUGAACGUACUACCAGUAUUUGGACUUAUAUAAAUAGACCAGAAUCAUUGGAAAAAUGGAUGAAUCCAUUGUACGAGCCUAAUCUUGGAAUUAUUUGGCCUAGUGUCGCACCAAUCAGUAUUAAUUUAUGGAAAGAAUUGUAUUUAAGCCACACCUCGGCGUCACCUUGGGAUGGAUUCAUCACCUGUGUCACUCAAAUAAAACAGAAUCAUUUGGCUGUUAAAAAAAUCGCUAAUCAAUUACGAAUACAGGUGCGUCGAGCUUUAGAUGAGAUAAUUUGUGAUCCAAAUACUUCCUGUCAAACAGAAAAUGAGCAGGAACAAUUGUCUCCCUGUUUUGCACAAUUAACGUUAGAAUCUCAAAAGACUUAAUUAAAUAUUAUUUAUUUCAUACACUUAAAUAAAAUAAUAAUAACAAUAACAUUAAAUAGCAAUCAUAAUAUAAAAAUAUUUUGUAUAAAUUUCAGAUG